CAAUUCAUUCGUUGUUGGUACGAGCGGCGCGCGAACCAACCUCAUAUAUUGUAUUUUCCGCAUUCGCAUUGAUACGAUACCAUACUGUGUGCUGUGUACUGUGUACUGUAUAGCAUAUAUACCAUACCACACCAACAAAACACAAGCGAUACGAUACGAUACAAUAAACUCAGCGUAUGCAGCGCUGUUUGUUUAUUUUUUACAAGCUAAAUACAAACGACAAAACAAAUCCGCAAAGCCGCCCGCGUUUCGCGUUUUCCCAACCAAAAAACAAAUAAAAUCAAACAACAAAUAAGCGAAAAAGGCCUAGACAAAAAAAAAAGAAGUACAAAAAACAACGUGCAUUGUGAAAUUCUUAAAUUUUCGAAUUUCAUUUCGAAGUUUUGCCUUGUGCCGUGUUCCUUUUUUUCCUGGUAACGUGCAUCAUACAUUCGCAUUUGUGUCCGUACAUGCAUACAUACAUGCAAUAAUCAAUACAAUACGACGUACAACAAACUGCGUAGAACAGUAUUAAGAAAAAGAAAACAGACAAAAAACUGGCUUAAGACUCGACUCCAAUUUGCGUUGGUGUGCGUAUUACAUACAUACGUACUUGUGCUAAAACUAAAUAUAUAUGCUUUAACCAUUUAGGACUAAAAGUGAAAGAUAUAGAACGGAAAUCCCAGUAUAAAGCCAAUCAACGAUUGAAACAUUCGGACUAGAUCCGAAAUCUCACAGUUAUGGAACACUUUCAUCAAAUACAGCAGCAAUUGGCUGCUCAGCAACAACAACAAGUACAACAGCAACAGUUGCAACAACACCAGGUGGUCGUCCAGCAAAAUCAGCAGCAGGCGCACCAGAACAGCUCGAAUACCACAGCCGGCGUGGGCACCCAACAGCUGUUCACAUACAAAAUGGCCAGCAGUUUUCCGAAUCCGGCCACGACGAUGGCCCAAGUGGUGGCCACAUCGAACGCAGCCGGCACCACGGGCUAUGAUUAUCGCCUAAAUAUGGCACAGGCAGCCGCAGCAGCAGCCGUACCCGGCUCCCAGUGGUGGUACUCGGCCGCCAAUCAGGGCCAGGUCGAUGCCAAUACAGCGGCGCAACUGCAGCACCAGCAGCAGCAACAGCAGCAGCAACAACAACAGCAGCAGCAACAGCACCAGCAGCAACAACAGAUGCAACAGCAGCAGCAGCAACAGAAUGUCAUCAAUUCGGCGAGCCCCAUGAUCAGAGGCAAGGCCGAUGCCAAGCCCAGAGGCCGAAUGACCGCCUACGCAUACUUUGUACAAACUUGCAGAGAGGAGCACAAAAAGAAGCAUCCCGAUGAGACGGUGAUAUUCGCCGAAUUCUCGCGGAAGUGCGCCGAACGGUGGAAGACAAUGGUGGACAAGGAGAAGAAGCGCUUCCACGAAAUGGCCGAGAAGGACAAGCAGCGAUAUGAGGCGGAAAUGCAGAACUAUGUGCCGCCCAAGGGAGCGGUCGUGGGACGCGGCAAGAAGAGGAAACAGAUCAAGGACCCCAAUGCUCCAAAACGUUCAUUGUCUGCGUUCUUCUGGUUCUGCAAUGACGAGAGAAAUAAGGUGAAGGCACUUAAUCCCGAGUUCGGAGUGGGCGACAUCGCCAAAGAGCUGGGACGAAAGUGGUCCGAUGUGGAUCCCGAGGUCAAGCAGAAGUACGAGUCGAUGGCCGAGCGGGACAAGGCUCGAUAUGAACGCGAGAUGACCGAGUACAAGACGAGCGGGAAAAUAGCCAUGUCCGCACCGUCGAUGCAGGCGUCGAUGCAGGCGCAGGCACAGAAAGCCGCGUUACUUGCCGCCGCUGCCCAGCAGCAGCACCAGCAGCUGGAAGAGCAGCACGACGACGACGACGGCGAUGGAGAUGACGACGAGAACCAAUAGGUUUAGCAGUAAAUACUCUUCACUAUUUAUACACACGAUCGUUGUCGCGAUGGAGGAAAGAAACAUGAUAACGUUGGUUGAUCUAUUAUCAGGUUGGCCAAUGUGUGUUGAAUAUAAAUUUAUAUAUAUAAGGGUGUGCCCGCUUUAGAGGUUUCGCUUUCCGGUAACAGAACCCCGUCACAAUAUGUUCAGAAUCGUCUGGAAAAGCUAAUAUCGAUCGUAUUUUUAACAAAUAACUUAAAAAUCAUGGUGGAAUGGUUAUUAUUUUUUUUGUAUUCUUUUUAAGCAGCCAAGAGAAGUGCAUAAUAGAGCUCUUGUGAAUCUCUUACUUACUUUUUUUUUUGCAUUCAUAUUUAGCAUAUUUUGUAUCGGAAAUAUUUUUGUACCAAUGUCCAACUAAAAAAAAUCCAACUAUCACAGAAAUCUCUUGAACUUUCAGUAGAGGUUUUCAUAGUUAACCGAAGAGAGGUGAAACCAUUGUUCCUAGUGCAUUUCGAAAGAAGAACGAAAUCUUGCGGAGAUUCUGUGAAAUUUGAGGAUUUUUUCGAGCGAUUUUCAAGCCAGCCGUGGGCAAAAAAUGUCUGCAGAAGAUUUCUGUGAUGGAAAAACCAAAGCAUAAAUUGUUUUGAUUCAUUUAUUUUCUUCGUGACAAUUUGAUGAUUACCUGGAAGUGGAAUCUCUAAGAAAAUCACCUAUUAUGUAUAUGUAAAUGCAUAUAUAUAAAUAAUAUAUAAUUUUUUUUUUUAACAUAAGUAAUCAAAUUUCCAUGAAUUAUGAAGAUAAAUCACAAAGAAACCUUUUAUAAGUUCUAUGUUAAGAUGAAUACGAUUAAGUAUGGUUAGAUUAAAAUGACACUCAACUGUCUGCGAACCUUAUUUGUGCUUCAGUGCUAAGUUUCUCCCUAAAGUAAUAAGCAGAAUUAUUUUAUAAAUUGAAGAAAUUCAUCAUGAUGUCAUUCGUUCUCAGCAACUAUGAAGGUUACCACUACAUUUAUAAAUAUUGGUACAUAUUUCCCAUUUAUUAAAGUUAGAUUCACCAUAAUGAAACUACAAUUAAUGCGUUCGAGUUUAUAUGUUCCCUCCCCACACACGAAACAAACUCAAUGAAACGUGAUAAUGUGAAAAAUACUUAACUCAGUGGCGGGUGAUAUCUCGAUCUAUUUAUUUUUGCCGCUCACACACAAAAAAAUGCAUUUCAUUCAACACACUCUCCUCCACUCAUUAACAUAUUUACCAGUUCAGUUUGCGAUUCGUGUAGCCCCAGAUCCAGAUCCUUGGAGAUAAUUGGGUUCGUCCUCAUUUGUAAAUACACACAUCAACUAUAUAAUAGCCACGAUCAUAAGAUACGGAAAGUUAGUCUUGGUUGGUUCGGUGCACUUCGGGAUGAGGAGCAACCGCAACGCUGUCGUCGGGCAUUGCAACACAAUUGUUGUUGACCUGGCUGGCCAUGUACAUACUAUUUGAAGUAUUAUUUAGAUGAGACUACGUAGAGAUUAACGAGAACCGAGAGCAAAUAACGACAUAGAAGCCUAAUAUUAGAGUAGAUUUCAGCGGGACUGCAAAGUAAUGUAAAUUGCGUAGAAACCUUGAGUAUAGACUAGUUUUUGAAGACUAGUUUCUCCCAAAAAUGUUCCAGGCACAGAAACAGAAACGGAAACAGAAAGUGCUUAUGCAGAUGUAAAGGGAGACGUUCCUCCGGCCUUUGAUGGAUAUGGAGAUGGAGACCAUUGGCUGCGACGGUUGGAAGCAUGUCUUCCUUUAGAUCGCCUGUGUAAGCUGAGUAGUAGUGGUUAGAUUAUAACGUGAUAGGAGGGGAGCUGAAAUUAUAACCAGGGAUGCGUCCGAUGGUCAGUUAACCAGGACGCCUCUAGAUGUACGCCUAACUUCGCUCUCGCCACGUUAUGAGUGCGAGAUAUGUAUAUGCAUGUAAUUAUAUAUAUAUAUAUAUAAAUAUAAAUAAACAUAUACAUAUAUAUAUUUUUUAGCAUGAUUUCUAUAGAGAAUAACUCGCCACCGAGAUUAUAUUCAUAGAAGUGUGUCUAGGUUAAACCUUUAAAUCCUAAUUUUCAACAAUUCGACGGUAAUCCAUACCCUAUAUUAAUAAAUUACUAUGAAAAUUCCAGUUCCCUGUGCGCUUUGUUAUAAGAACUAAACUAUUAUGAAAUAAACUUUUAGAAAUGAGAUUCUUUUUUUUUUUUAGAUGGAAUGAUGAUGAUUGAUGUGUUCUUCAAAACCAUUUGUCUUAAAUCUUUAGUUUUUGAUUUACGCUUGGUACAUACGUAAUAGAUGAAGAACUUUUAUGUUACAAAUCCCAAUAAUGAACAGCUUUAGCUUUUAUAUUUGAUAGACACAACAACACUCGGUGGGAAUCGCGACCGAGUUCCUAAACUUACAAUGUGUGAAUUACAUUAGCAAUACUAUAGUAGCCACUAAGUAUUUGUUUUUUUUUUCCUAAGAAUUUACACAAUACUGUAAAAAUAGUUUGAAAUAAAUUUAAUUUAGCUAGAUGUACGCUUGUAAAGGCAAA